AUGGAAUUGAAAAACGUGGAAUUGAUUGAAUUGAUAACGUGUAAUAGGAAAGAUUCUAUACUAUUACAGAAUUAUCUGAGUGAACAUUUUAUACGAAGCGCCAUCAUCGAAGUGGAUUAUUUUAUAGUUAAUUAUAAAGGUAUCAUUGAAAAUGCUAGUGCUAUUUAUUACAAUAGAUACGGCUACGUCUUGGAUCUACACUGUCCAAAUUCCAAAACAUUUGUAACCUUAGAUGCCGAUUUGACAAAGUGGAACUCUAGAUUCGGAGACACGUACAAUUGGUUGCUUUUGGAUGUGGAAAAUAGCAUUGUAAUCGAGGAUUAUUUUAACGAGGCGAAACUCAGGUUGGACUCGGAAGUGUUUGUGGCUAGGCAAGAAGGGAACAGUUACAAACUCCGAGAAGUUUAUAAUCCAGGCGGAGUCGGUGCAAAGAUAGUUUCAAGGGAUUCGAUGAUUUUUAGUAAAGGUAGUUUUCGUUUCGUGAUCGAGAACAACUUCUAUUUGGCGCGGAAAAAUCUCUCCGGUUUAGUUAUUAAAACUACAACUGUGAUUACUAAAAAUAUUAGUGGAACAGCUGAAGAAUAUUUAGUUAACAGGAAAAAUAUUGACGAUGCUGUGAACAAACUGAACUUCGCUCUUUUUCUGCACUUAGUCGAUGUGCAUGAAUUCAAGUAUACAUUAAUGACAACGUACACGUGGUAUGGGCCAACACCGAGCGGAAUUGAUGGAGGAUUGACGAAGCAUCUGUAUUAUCGUGAAGCGGAUGUUUCGGCAACUUCCGGUAUCAUGACGAGAGAUCGAGUCACCGCCAUAGAUUACCUAAUAUCCACCUAUUAUUUUGGUACAUGCUUUAUCUUCAGAAACCCGAGCGCCGUUGGUAAAAUUCGCAACCAGUUUUUCGAUCCUUUCGCCGCGAAGACUUGGUGCAUCUGCUUACUGUUUCUGAUUAUACUCACCGUAUUUAUAAAAGCUACCUUUUAUAUACAUGGAAAACUAACUAGAACGCAAAGCGAGAGAGGUUCUUGGUCCAGCUCCACCUUGAAUACUUUAGCUGCAUUCUGUCAGCAAGAUAUUGAAACGGACGAGGAUAAUCUGACUGGACGAAUUCUGAUCCUGUCGUUGAUGGUGCUGUCCCUGCUUCUGUACAAUUACUAUACAUCAAGCAUCGUAUCCGAUCUGAUCAAUUCCCGCACGGCGGCUUUUUCGACGGUCGGCGAAUUGGUGCAUAGCAAUUUAGAUCUAGGAAUGGAGGAUAUAGCUUACACCGAGAGAUUAUUCAAAACGACCAUCGAUCCGGACAUAAUCUAUUUACGGGACAAGAAGAUUCUGGCGCGCGGCAAAAAGCCAAACUAUUUUAAUCCGACGGAAGGCAUAGCCAGAGUUAAAUCUGGAGGCUUUGCGUAUCACGUGGAGCCGGCGACCGGAUAUCCGCUGAUCGCUAAAACCUUCGACAGUUCGCAGAUCUGCGACCUGUGCGAGAUCUACGUGUUCAAGCCUACUCUGAUAUACGUGCUGGCGCAGAAGAAUUCACAGUACAAUAGGCUCUUUUCCAUCAGUUACAGGAAAUUGAUGGAGAGAGGUUUAAUGCGUAGGGAGACUUUGAUCUGGCAAGCGCAAAAGCCCGAGUGCCUUUCCAGCGCGAACGUAUUGCAAAUCGAAUUGGAACAAGUUGCUCCCGCAUUCUUUGUUCUGUCGUUUGGCAUCAUUGCUUCUCUUCUCAUAUUAGCAUUUGAAUGUCGAAUCAAACUCAAAUCAACUAAAAAAAUAUAAAAAGCUUCUACA